AUGGCGGACUCGGCGGCCUUGCUGUUGCGCACCGUCACGCGCGCCUUCUACACCACCGAACACAUCCUCGUCAUCGACGCCCUCCUGCUCCACAGCACCCUCCCCGACACCGAUCUUGCACACGUGCUUAGCAUGCAGCCCAAGGCAUUGCGAAAGCUUUGCGGACGGCUGAAAGAAGACGGCCUCCUCAGCGUUCAGAUUCGCGCGCAGAAAAAGACGGAUGGGAGCCAGUCGUACUACGCCAACUCCAACAACCCUCGCAUCAUCCACAAGGAUUGGUACUACAUCAACUUCCACCACGCCAUCGACAGCAUCAAGUACCGCAUGUACCGGCUCAACAAGCAUGUCGAAAGUCUGGGUGCUCCCACCACCGAGAAGAAGGACUUGGUGUGUCCGCGAUGCAAGGGGCAGUAUACCGAGCUCGAGGUGUUGGACCGCAUCGACAUCGGCACCGGCGUCUUCCCGUGCCCCCGCUGCGGCCACGCACUGACGGAAGUGGAAGAGGAUGAUCGGGUGAGCGAGAACGAGAGUAUGAAGCGCCUCAAUCUACAGCUGGAAAAGAUUUUACGCCUCAUGCAGCAGAUCGAUGCCGCCAACGUCCCCGAGAAUGACUUCCCAACUGCCCUGAGCAAGCAAAAGCCAAUCAUCCGAGCAGAUUCGCAUCCUGGUCAGCAGCGGACGGAAGAUGUCGAUCUUCCCAAUCGCAACCUGCAGUCUGCCAAGGGCAUGGAACUCAAGCCGGAGAAGAUUGCGGUGGACAUUCAAGACGAUGAGACGGUGAACAAAGAGACCGAGGCCGCGGAGGCGCAAGCACGACGGGAGAAGCAAGCACGAGCAAACGCCUUGCCGGAUUGGAUUGUCAAGUCGACGGUGUCUGGCGACAUCACCGCAGCCGGCGCCAAGGAAGAGCGACUGCGGCGAGAGCGUGAAGCUAAUGGCGGGCUCGCUCAGGCCGAGGAUGAUCAGGAAGAAAAGAAGCCGGCCCAGGAUCGAGAUGAUGUGGUCAUGGCGUCGUUUUGGGAGGAGUUGGCCAAGGCGAAAGCGGCGGCGGCUGCGAUAGCCAAGGAGGAGGAUGAUGACGAUGAGGAAGACGAGGAAGACGAGGAGGAAUUUGAGGACGUUGCAGUGGUGGAUGGAGCUUUCCAGGAUACCCCAGCAGCGAGUGACGAAGAUGACGAGGACGAAGAGUUGGAGUUUGAAGAUGUGUAA